UAUAUAUAUGAAAGCGACAGCAGUUUAUCGAAAGUAUACGAGAGCAAUUUCGAUUUAACAUUAAAUAUACUGUUUUACCAUUUUUGAGGAAAGUGUCAAUCAUAUCAAUAAACUUUAAUUUGUUUAAAAUAAAUUUAAGUAUGUCUGAUAAGGAAACUGAAACGGAUGUUGCCAAUGGAACAGAAUUGACUAGACUGGCAUUUACAGAUAAUGAAACUGAUAAUAAUAAUGGCGAUGGAACAGAAUUGACUAGACUUGCAUUCACAGAUUUUGGUACUGAACAGUCAGGCGAAAUCAAAGAAAACGAAACGGAAGUUGUGAAGGAUUAUUCUAAAAAAGUGAUAAUCUAUGGUGUAAACGAAUCGCCACCACUACACAUAACGAUCGUGUGUGCUUUGCAGCAAGGACUGUCAGCCCUGUCAGGACAACUUAUUGUAGCUGUUCUUGUAGCGGAAGUUGUCUGUGCAUCAAAUAACGACGUGUUCAAAGCUAGGAUACUCAGCUCUACAAUGUUCAUGGCCGGGAUCUCGACUAUAGCAAUGAAUUUACUGGGAAUUAGAUUACCGUUAUUUCAAGGAGGAACGACUAUCUAUGUGGUUCCAUUGAUGAUGAUGUCGGAUCUUGAAGGCUCCUUCUGUUCAACAACGUUUACCGGUCAGAGUUCGUCCAACAUGACAAAUGGAAAUGUAUCGAGUGGAUCUGAUAUGCCAGAAGAAUCGAUGGAAGUCAUUCUAACCAACGUCAGAGCGUUACAAGGAAGUCUGAUGGUUGCGGGCGCUCUUCACGCUAUAAUGGGAGGGUUUGGACUCAUUGGGUUUUUACUGAAGUUUAUUGGACCAUUGACGAUUGUUCCAACAAUGAUUUUAAUCUUUGUCUUCAUAGUCAAAGCAUUUCUGAAGUUCGUCAUUGUUAGUUGGGCCAUAUCUAUUUCGACGAUAGCUGUGUCUGUGAUAUUAUUUCUAUAUCUUUCCCGCUACAACAUGCCUGUUCCAGUGUGGACACCCUCUGCGGGAUGUAGAAUUAUUCGUUAUCCUUUGCAUCAGAUAUUCUCGAUUCUAAUCGCCAUGUUAGUUAAUUGGCUCAUAUGUGGAAUACUGACCCUGUAUGAUGUAUUCCCCAACGACCGUGGUGAUAGCAGUUAUAAUGCUCGUACAGAUGCUAGGGUAGAUGUUAUAUACGACGCUCCGUGGUUUACUUUUCCUUAUCCUGGUCAGUAUGGACCGCCGGGCAUUAGUACACCUGCUACUGUAGUUUUUGUCAUUGCUACCUUCAUUUCAAUUCUUGAUUCUAUUGCUGAUUACUACGCUUGUGCGAGGGUUAGUCGUGUACCCCCACCACCUGCUCACGGAGUUAACAGAGGUAUCCUAGUUGAAGGCAUCUGUAGUUUUGUCUCGGGUACGCUCGGAUGUGGUCAUGCUACAACAACUUACGGUGGAAAUGUCGGGACAAUUGGUAUCUGCAAGGUUGCCAGUAGGUCCGUAUUUGUUUACUCAGGAAUCUUGUUUAUUAUUUUUGCUGUGUUCGGCAAAUUCUCUGCGGUGUUUAUCACAAUUCCUGACCCAGUGCUUGGUGGAUCCCUUAUUGUAAUGGUUGGAAUAUUUCUGGGAGUAAUGAUUGGUAAUCUAGAGGUGACCUCCAUGGCAUCACCAAGAAACGUUGCGAUACUUGGUCUUGCUGUUUGUAUCGGCUUUGCUGUUCCUUCGUGGGCUCAGACAGUCCCAACACCUAUUGAUACAGGAAAUGAGAAAGCAAAUAGACUUAUAGCGAUGCUUUUAACAAACCCGAAUUUGGUUGGUACAGCCCUCGCUUGCUUUUUGGAUAACACUGUACCAGGAACAAGGAAGGAAAGAGGAAUUUUAACAGAGGAUGACGCUGAUAUAGAAGAUAGUUCAGGGUUUUAUUACGAAGGAUAUGAAGUUUACAAGCCUCUCUUCCCAGCACAUAUGUUGAGGUGGAAAAUCAUGAAAUAUAUACCGUUCUUACCUUAUGAAGGACAAUAGAAAAAUGUCAUUAUUUAUUUUGUAUAGCAUUAUGAAUGUUAUGUUAUACAUUCACUGUACUCCAGAUGAGAACAGUUUGCAGAUAACAUCAUUAAUUAUCAAGGGAGAUUAUAAUAUAUGCAUAUUCAAUCGCACACAGAUAUAUAUGAAGACAUUAACUAAUAUCAGAAUUUUAACAUAAUUAUAUGUCUUUUUUUUUAGUUUUUGUUCAUACAUUUUCACCCGCACAUCUGGGCCAUAUGAUGAAAACCCGUUUAAUAUUUCAGUUGUAUUUCGUACCACCAAUAUUAUAUCAAUUUCUAUGUGUAUCUUAAGAACGUGACAAAUUAUAAAGAUAUAGGUUUUAUAAUUAAUAAUGUCAUAACAAAAUAGUGUAAUAAAAGUGCCUCCUAAUAAUAUAAAUGCAUACUUUCA